AUGGGACGUGAUGUUGGCUACUCUAACCUGGACCGCGGCGGUUUCGCAUCUCUCACUACACAGCCGUCUGCUAACGACAAUAUGUAUGGAUUCACCGGCCCCAACGAUUACCUGCGCAAUGAGUCCGCGAAAAACGUGGACGGUAAGGCGGAUAUCCGGGGCGGCGACUACCGUCCUGGCAUUGGGCUCACCUAUGGCUCCACGCUCAACUACGUAAGUGGCGGCGAAACAGUCAAGAACGGGAGCGCUGCCUUCGACCCUUAUCGUAAGGCAAGUAUCUGGGAAGACUGCGCAACCUUCUCCCGCGAGGCGUCGAGCGACGUGCUGGGCCGUAAUGAGCUGCAGAAGUUUGAGCACAAUCCGUACCGCAGUCGUUACCUGAACACCCCGGAGUGCGAGGGCCUGGUAACCAAGCACUGCCAGCGCCUGCUGCACUCCUAUUACGGUCGUGCUGACGCGCUAAGCACUUCUGCUGUUUCUGGUGCGUCUAAGAGCUUGACUUUCGACGAUGUCUGCGAAUCAGCCCUCACGUCCAGCGACCACCUGACCUCCAUCGCAACUUUGUCCAUUUUGGCUAGGUACCAUAGGAUUGGUUACUUGCUCCCUCAGGUAGGCGACCCCGGGAGCUGCGCCGCCAAUAUUUAUGCGCAUGUUCUUAACGUGCUACGGGUCAUUUACGCAGCUUCUGCAGGCGGCGUGGAGGCGGGAGGUAGGAAUAAUGUGGACACUGCGCGGCGUUUUUUUUCACUUUUGGGAAGGGGUAUCUGGCAAACUGCGUCCGACGCGUCGGACGCAUUCGCAUCGCUCGACCGCCGGUUGGCGCAGCGUAUAUCGCUGCUCUAUGUGCUGUGCCUCCAUUUGCUAGACGUGCUCCUCUCGAGCGACUGCGACUGCGUGGAAGAGCUCCUUGCGGCUGAUGGCGACGUCUACGACACCCUGGGCUGCGUGGGAUGCUGUUUCGUGGAGCAGGCUGUGCGCCAUGGGGACCGCACGGGUCUGUCUGGGAACGACCUGCCGGAAGACCGGAUGGUUCCGAAUCUCGGCGACCGUGGAGCUAUUUUUUCCAAACACUGGAGUGUGCUUAACGGCCUGUUGUCGCGAGGCGUGAAGUUUUCCAACAGCGAACUUUUGGUGAAGGGGGUGAAGGCGCUGUGCAACGUGCUCGAGAGUUCUAACACAGGCAGGUCACUUUUGCUGUGGGCUUACUGCGUCUAUGUCCGCUUGUGCCCCGCCGAGCUGUCUCAGAACAACCACUCGAUUCCCCGGAUUCUUUUCGAGUACAUGACUAAAUGUAGAAGCGUCCUGCAACUACAGGCGAUCACCGGCGCGCUGUCGCUCUGUAUGCGGGACCCCGGCUUCGUGCGAUACGCGGAUGAGCGCAUGAAUCCGCAGAAGACUUUUGCUAUUUUUGUGUUGCACUCUUGCAACUUGAUCCACAACAAGAUGGACGACUUGGCGGUACCGAUUUUGCAGAUGCUGCACCAGCUUUUCGACGUUUGCCCCAAGACCCUCCCUGACGUUGCGAACACGAUGUCCGGCACCACGUCGCUCAUUGAGCGGUAUUCCGACACCGUAGGUAACGCGGUGGAGACGUUCCUCAAUGUGGCUACUCUCAGCCUGGGCCCCAUCCAGGUGAUAAUGGCUCUGAUAAUGCGACGGAUACUGCUACGUUGCGACGUGACCAAAUCGCUCAGCGCUGACCUGCGCUCGAAGUUCGUGAAGCACCUGAUCGCCGUGGUAGGUUUUCGUAAAACUGCCGGGGCUGCCGUUGGCGACGCCGUAGGGCUCGUGAGCAAGGUGGCUCUAUUGGACGCGUUUGUGCAGUCGGGCGGCCUGCCCGAACUGAUGUCCGCCAUGAAGGACGUGAACGCGAAGCAGUUGCGUCUAUUGGCGUUGCAUUCGAGCAGCGUGUCGUGUGACUCGCUGCACAAGAUGCUGUGCGUCGGCGACAUCGCGACCAAGUUGGUGGCGUAUGACGCUCUCGCGGGCUACCGCGCCGAUGGCAUGGACGCGGGAACGUUGGUGCUGUGCGCUCUGUGCAGCGUGGUGAAGAUGUGCCCCGAUGUGUCCUGUCUGUUGCGCGAGUACGCGUCGACGUAUGCUGGCAUGAGCGAGUACCACGGAACCGGGAGCCUGGCUAGUGAGGGCAAGUUUUUGAGGGCUCUGUCCGGGGACGCCAAUAUGGCCGACCCGACGCGCAGCAUGAGGGUAGCGGGUCUGCUGUGCGUGCACUCUAUCGUUGCGUCGGUGUACAUGUCCAGCGAGUCGUGCAAGCAGACCCUCAUCCACGCGCUGCUGUGCCCUGAAGGGUCCACCCGUCAACAGCACCAAGAGCUGGUGGAGAAGUACAAAGCGCAACUGGCGUCUCAUCGCAGGGAGGUUCAGAGGAGCCAUGCCCGUCUCGACGCGCAGGCGCGCGAGCUGCAGCAGCAGAAGGACUCCGCCACUAAACAGCUGGAGCAGCUCCGUGAAGAGUACGCCGGUAAAGUGGAGCGUUCACGCGCCGAGCUCGCUACAGCUCAGAGCCAGCUAAGUGCAGCGUCGUCGCAGUCUCAGCAGCUAGAUCGUGAGUGCGUGCGGCUUCGUGCGCAGGUCAGCGAUUUGGACCAGGCGCUCCGCAAGAUAUCCUCCGAGCAUGCGCAGGCAAACGAGCAGCUGCGGGAGGCGACAACCCACCGCGAACGGCUGAAGAACGAGGUAUCAGGGCUACAGGGGCAGCUGGAGCAGCGCGAUAGGACGAUUGAGCAGCUGCGCGCUGUGGAGGCUGACAACGGUCGUUUGAACGAGGAGGUUGGCGAGCUCAACGCCCAGGUCGAGCGCGUGUAUCGCAUGCUUAUAUCACUAAUGUCCAAGCAUCGUCAGGUCGAGGUCGAUCUGGCUCGGAGCAAGGAGGAUGCUGCGCAAAACAGCCGUCAGCUGCAUGAGAGGCAGCUGCAGGUCGAGGAGCUCUCGAAUCGCUGCCGCAGCCAUGAAAACACCAUAAACGCACUGAGGGCGGCCAAGGAAGGUACUGAGGGAGAGGUGCACCGGCUCGGUCGCGAGCUGCAUGCGCUAGAGGGCCGCUUGGGGAAGUCGACUGAGGAGCUGAGCGCGCUGCAAGGCCGCUACGCCCAGACGUCGCAGGCCCUGCAGUCAUGCGAGGAGCAGAAUCGGCGCCUCGCCGAGCAGUUGGACCGCUGCGAGUUGCAGCUUCGCCAGCGCGGCGAGCAGCUGUCGACCAUCUACUCGACGUUCCAGGACAAGAAGCCCUACUAG